CAUGAACGAAGAAUGUACUUCCCUCCACCCGAGUCCCCUUUAAAGUCUUCUUUAGAUUUCCAAAAACCACCCACUGGUGACAAGAGCAUGAAAGAAUUAACAGACCACAUGGCCAUUCUUGUACAAUAUGCAAAGGAGCAACAUGAGAAGACACCUCCCAUCACCGAACCAAAGUCAGAAGUUGAGGUUAGUGUGGAAGAAAUUCCAACAAUUUCUACUGUCAAAGAGGGGUUAGACAAUGAUGAUCCCAUCAUUGAGACUCAUGUGGAAGAAAUCGACAUUGAAGACAUUGUUCUUGAAAAGUUGGAGUUUAUCCCUCAAGUCUUUGCCAAGGAGAUUACCAAUGUUGAGGACUCUAUGAAUUCAACUUUCACAACCUAUAUUGAUUCAGAGGAUGAUCAUGUAGAGUUCAUUAUGCCACCAUGGUUCUUUGAAGAGAGAACUCCACACGUUGCAGACUUUAUCCCCAACGUUCCUACACCACUCGAGUUUUGUUUGGGAAUGGUUAAAGAUGCUAAUCACAUGUGGUUUCCCCCUCAUCACUACAAAAUUCGAGGGCGAAUUUUUUCAAGCUGGGGAGAGUUGAUGCAGAUUUAUCACCAAAAUGGGUUUGUUUUCUUAGGAGUAAGUCUAUGGUUGGGUUAUAUGCAUGUUGGGCCUUUGGUCCAAGGGUUUUUUUAAUGUAAUAGGCAACUUCAAUAGUUUAAUGAGUCUAAACCAUGGUAAUAGGUAUGCAUACGGGAUUA